CCGAGUUCACCAACUGUCAUUUAACCAAUGUUUGAGUAAUCGGCCGAUUAAUUUUUAAACGUCGGUUACACAGCCGGUUAAGUAUUCACUGUUCACCACGAAUAUUCUAACCGUGGUUAGUAAAUCGGGGAAUCACCAUUCAUUCAGGAGUGAAUGAAUGAAUGCUAUAAGGGUACUCAAUAGCGAAGUCGCGUCGUUGUAUUAAAUCAACACGAGUUUUGGUGACAUUUAUAUUAAGUAGCAUAAUAUAAAACGCAUUCAACUUGAGAAGUUCGAGAACGCAUUGGGAUCAAUAAGCUAGCCUGUAGUGUUCUAUUUGGACGGGUAAUAACGUCACGGAACUGUCACUGUUAAAAUGUCACUUGCUAAUUUUUAUUGUCCGUGUUGAUGUUGUGUUUGUUUGUUGUGAGUGUUUAAUUAUUUCUUUUCUACAACUUACCUACUAUGGCGCCUCAAAAAAAGAGAACAAUCAAUUUUACAAGUGACGAGAAGCGUAUUUUAACAGAGUUGGUCUUAAAAUACCAAGAUUUGGUGGAAAACAAGCGCACCGACGCCACAACAAAUUCCUCCAAACUGAAAGGUUGGAUCCGUCUAACAGAUGAGUUUAAUACCAUCAGCACGUUUUGCCAUCGAACUCACGUAGUCUUAAAAUGUUGCUGGGAAAACAUUAAACGCCAGUCGAAAAAAGAUCAAGCAGACAGGAAGAAAAAGAUAUUUAUGACUGGUGGUGGAAAACCGCCAACACCGCCACCACCGUCUAAUACACAGUCAACAAUAGUGAAAGUCAUAUUGGGACCAGCGCUAAAGGGAAUUUCAAGUGAUUUCGAUUCUGACAGCCCCACAUUCAGUGAAAACAUUGAAACAAUUGUUGAUGUGCAUAAACAACAUGCUCGCACAAGUUUAUUCGAAGAAAAUAAUGACAAUGAUACCUUGAGUUCAUGGACUCCGAGGAAGAUAAAAACUCCAAUAUCAAGUCAACUGAAGGAAAACGUUGAAACUUUUAUUGGUGAGCACGAACAAAAUGCUCACACAAACUUAUUAAAAGAAAAGAAUGACAAUGAUACUUGGAGUUCAUGGGCUCCUAAGAAUUUAAAAACUCCGGUAUCAUGUCAACUCAAAGUACCCAGAGAAAGUGAAGAAGGCUGGUUAAAAAGAAGAAGACCAAAAACUGAUUGCUCAAGUGACGAAUAUGUUAAGGAAAAAAUUCGCUUGGUAAAAAUUUUACAGGAAAACGCUGAGAAAGAAUCCCGUGUGCGAUUAGCCAUUCUCGAAGAACAAUUAAAUCAAGAAAAAAUAAAGACCCAAAAACUUAAAGACAGUUAA